UCCUUGCACUGUAACUUGGAUUUUGCCCGCACUUUUCUCUCGCAGUUUUUGACGUUUUUAUACUGCGGAUCACAGCAGCCAUUUUUUCUAGUUCAAAGAAAAGCGCAGUUUCCACCAAAUUGGAAGCGUCAUUUACGAUUGCGAUUUUGAAGAAAAUUGAAAAAAUGGCUUCUUUUUGCGAUGUAGAUGCAACUGUAAGUUUUAUUUUCCAAUGGUAACAUCUUAUACUGACAAAUAUUUUCUAAUUCCUAAAAAGACGAGUGUCCUUGAAGAAAAUUUUGAAGACGGCGAGGAAGUUUGUCCAACAAACGACAACAUCGAUUAUGAUCCUUUUUCUCCUGAACCGGCUGUUGAGGAACAGGCAGCACCACGAGUUAAGCGUCGCAGAAUCCAAAACAGUGCAGGCCAUGUUGUGGACCAAAACCUGACACUCAACGCUGUUUUCUUCAAGCGUAGAUUUGUUGGGGAGUCCUCCGGCAGCCAGGUCGCUAAUCAGUUCAUAACUGGCGACACAGUUAAGGACAUCGUUCUGAAACUGUGGGAUGUGGCUAAGCCAUUCGUCCACCGAGAAGUGGUGAUUAAAGAAGAAGAUGGAGUCCAGAAAGCGGCUUGGGCUGAAAACGAGCCCAGGUUUGAGGACAACAGCAAGUUUCUUGUUCUGCAAGACUCUUCCCAGAAACGACGCGUGAAGGUGGACAAGCUGGACAGUAGGACAUUGAUCAACUGGCGGGACAGAGAAAUCAGAGUACACAUUCAUGUGUAUUCCAGCUCAGUAUCGUGCAAGUCGCUGUGGGAGGUUGUUGAAAAACAAUUGAUUUCCCCUCAGCUACCAGAUCGUGCGGGAGCCCCGAGUAACCAGUCAUUGACAGCUCUCGCCGAAGAGCUUCGCGAGAAGCAUGGCCAUUCUUUCAACGCCCAUACCAGUGCAUGGAAGCUGUGGGCAAAUCACAUUCAAGCGUUGCCGGCUCAUGAGAAGGAGAGGCAAAUGGAAUCGUUGCCACCCAACGAUCUCUUGAAGUUUUUUCGUUCUGUGCCAUUGAGAGAAGAAGUUCGAAUGGCCAAUAUCCGACGUGGUCUUGGAGUGGCCAACGUUGUCAACGAAGGGUAUGCUGUAGAUCUAGAGCUGCUUGAAGAAGAGGUCGAUCAGAUGAUCGCAAUGGGACAACGGGUGAAGGCCAGGAUUGCUGCAAUGCGCGCCAAGUAUGCCAUCAAUUCAAGUUUGGUGUCCACCAUGGCAGAAGCUAUGAGACCUGAGGAGAGUGAAUUAAGCCAAUCUCUUAGUUCACAGGUUACUGACCUUUUGGAUCACGAGCACGCGCCUCGUUGA